UUCAAAUUUUGGACCGACAGAGGAGUGGCUGGUUUCAGACUUGACGCGAUACAAAGAUUAUUUGAAGAUGAACAAUUCAGAGAUGAACCGCCUCUCUCUACAGUUAAAGAUCCCAGGAUGUACAUGGAUUUCGAGCAUAUCUACACAGUAGAUCUACCAGAAACAUACGAACUUAUUAAAAAUUUAAGGAAAUUCGUCCACAGAAUAACUAAAAAAUUCGGAGAUUACGAAAGAGUGCUGAUCGGAGAGCUUUAUUCCGAGUACGAAGCAUUUCGUAAAUAUUACAGAACUAACGGAGAAAGAAUUUUACAUUUUCCUUUGAACACUUAUUUAAAUGGAAUCAAAGAGUACUAUAACGCAUCAUUUUAUCGCCAUUUAAUCACUAGUGCAAUUAACGUAGUACCAACAGGUGAAACCAUGAAUUGGAAUUCGGAUAAUCACGACCGUUACAGAAAAGGAUUAUGGUUCAACGAAGAAUACGAAUAUAUGUACGUAACGAUGGUGAUGCUUCUUCCCGGUGUAGCUUAUCAUUAUUAUGGCCAAGAAAUUGCAAUGACAGGCUGCGAGGUUCGAGAGGAUCAGCAUAUAGAUACACACUUGGAUACGUACACCAAAACACUAAGAGACGCUGCCAGAACUCCUAUGCAGUGGGAUGACUCGCUCAAUGCAGGUUUUUCAAAUAAUCAUAAAACGUACCUACCAGUAUGUCCAAAUUAUUGGAGAUUGAAUGUGGAAAAACAGAAACGCGAAGAAAAUAGUCGUUAUAACAUGUUCAAGAAAAUGUCACAUUUACGCAAAAGGGAAACAUUGAGACACGGAGAUGUAAAGUUGUUCACAGUUUCUGCUUGGGUAUUCGCUUUCACGAGAUCACUAGAAGAUCGCGAAACUUUUUUGAUGAUAACAAAUUUGGGCACUGAAACGGAAAUAGUGGAUUUACAUAUUUCAAUCAAAGGACUUCCAGCGCACAUGAAAGUAGAAAUUGCAAGUCAAAAUUCAGGCUAUAAAAAUGGCGAUAAGGUGUCCGUUCACCCCGGAAUGAAAAACGUGUUCACUUUAAGACCUGCAUCCACAGUCGUACUUUCUGCAAUGUAAGGAACUAAUGAACUACAGAUCAAUGCGGGGUAAAAAUUGAGUUUUUUCCUUGUAGAUAAUGUGACUGGUUAUAAUAAAACACUUUGAACUGGAUUAAAUCAA